CACAUCCCAAAGAGGCCAUUCCACUCUCCCAUAUGCAGAGCAAACUAUAAUAAUUAGGAGAUAACCCUCACAUCAACAGCACACAACAUUCUAUCCCUCUCAUGCUUCACCAUUUCAUUUAAUGGAUCUGAUGCCAAUUCAAAACCCCACAUAGCUCUUAAGGCUGGCCAUGGUAUCUUUUAGUCGAAACGGUAGGGAUAGGUAAAAUCUUCUUGUUUGUACUCUGGCGGCGUCGGCGCAGUACAGGUGCACUGCUUUAGCAUGCUAUUGCUAUGUACCAUCAAGGAAUUUGGACAAGAGGGGGUGAAGAAAGCAACAGAAACAGCAACAGCAACAGCAACAAUGCUAAGAAGCAAUCCCCUGCAGACAAGGAAGAUGGGGCCAUGGAAAGGUUCCAUAAUCAUGAAUUACAACUUCAAAAUAAGAGCAAUGAGAGCAGCAACUGUGGGAGAGGUGGGACUAAUGGGCCUCAAGUUGAAUGCCCUACUCUCAAGAGUAAUCUCAAGAAAAGAACAACAGUGGACGAUAAUCAACAAAGGAUAGAAAAGAGGAAAGUUAGUUGGCUUGAUGCUCAUGGCAAAGAUAUUGCUCAUGUCCAAGAAUUUGAGCCAAGUGUCUCAGAAGAUGGGGAACUUGGAGGAGUGAGGAACUCUUGUGUGUGUGCUAUUCAGUGAAUCAAGAUGUUCAAAAUUUAUGAUGCCUGCUUCUCCAUGAUCUAUGCCAGUUUUUUAAGAAUUUCAACAAACAUUUAAGUGUAUACUUAUAUAAAUCUCUGGAUUUAAACAUGUUGUAAGAUUCAAACAAAUAAUAUGGUUAUUUUAAAAAUGAUUAUCCUUCUCAAAA